AUGAUACAAGUUCUGUCAAGUGCAAAAGUGAAAGUGAAGUUAGCCAGUGUGAAUGGGGGAAAAUUUAACGGGAUUAACCUAAAUUCCAGUGUCAAACUUACCGAAGGAGAUUUUAGUUGUCACCAGCCAAUGGACUAUAAACAAUUUGAGCAGCAAGUUAUGGUUUCAUCCACCCCAAUAAUCGACCCAAAAUACGAUACUGUAUCGUCAGAAGAUGAAGAUGACCAAGAAGAAGAAGAAAAACAAAUAGAAAUCAUUUUUAAAGAUCAAAUUCCAUCAUGUGAAAAAUGUUCCGGAGUUGUAAAACCGGAUAUAAUAUUUUUUGGUGAGGUCUUACCAUCUAAAUUCUAUAAUGGAAUAAGGACAGACUACUCAAAAUGUGAUCUACUAAUAAUUAUAGGGACUUCCCUGGCAGUACAACCGUUUGCGUCCUUAGUAGAUAGGGUUGAAAAUCAUGUACCGAGGAUUUUAAUAAACAGAGAAAAAUCAGGACACCGAUCAAGUAUCAUGACUAUGCUUGGAAUGGGAGGAGGUUUAAAUUUUGAUUCGAAAGAUAACACAAGGGAUGUUUGUUGGUUGGGAGAUUGUGACGAGGGAUGUCUACUAUUUGCUAAAAAAUUGGGAUGGGCGAAAAAGCGACAACCUAUCCUUGAGGUCAGACUGGAUUUCCCGAAGACAUUUGCAAAUAAAGAAAUGUUUGUACCCUCACGACCAGUUACACCCAAAAGAAUACCAGCGAAAAAGCGACAACCUAUCCUUAAGGUCAGACUGGAUUUCCCGAAGACAUUUGCAAAUAAAGAAAUGUUUGUACCCUCACGACCAGUUACACCCAAAAAAAUACCAGCGAAAAAGCGACAACCUAUCCUUGAGUAUCACUGUACUUCAACCAAUGGCAGAAACUUGAAAAAAAGUAACUGGUUCUGUAAUAAACCACUAUCUCCUAUAAAAGAUGUUUUGAAUGACGGAAGAAACAAUUCACCAGUGAAAGAAAUGGAAGAGAGUUUACAAGAUCGUAGCAUAACUUCGUCCGGGGAUUUCAGUGUGGAACAAUUAUACAGAGAAAAUGUAUGCAGAUUUGAAAGUGAAGCAGAGAAUUCUCCUGUUGACGAUUCUAUUAACGAUCCGAACUUUUCACCAAGCAGUGAAGAUUCCGACUGUGAAUUAAAUGAGCGUUCUAGUAACUCUACUGAAUCUCAUGACAAUCAGAAUAUUUUGGGCAUAACUUCUAAUGUCAUUAAUAAUAUAAAAAAUUUACCCUAUGAUAAUUACGGUGAAAAUUCGAAGGCUGAACUUAAGAAAGAACGAAUCGGAAACAAAAUUACUGAAGAUUUCUGUUACUUUUGUGGGAGUUUAGUGAAAAAUUUUGCGUGA